CUUAAAGCAGGGCAAUCCUACCCUGGACCUCUUUCCCCACCAAGCCGUCGCAAGCUUCGUCACGGAUACGGAAAUCCACAUUCCAGAGCCCCGCGGAUGACUUCCUCAGGAAUGCGCGUCUACCACAAUGACCCCAAUCACAGAGUCCGGACAUGAUAGCCCGCGAGUCAAAUCACCUGUUCUAAUUCUAGCAUGGCAGUUGGUUUGGUUCACACCUCCAUGCGGAUGGGACUUUUUAGGAAUACCGGGUUGGAUUCUGCCUUAACGAAAACGCCUCGGCCGAGGCUUUGGCUGGUUAUAAUGCUGUAUGAGGACGGCUUGGGGAUACAUAAGAGGGGCUCUUUUCGAGGUCGUCUCUUUUUUGGGUCUCGUUGGUAUUUGGGAGGUCGGAUCUGAAUAUUGGUUUUGUCUACUAUAUCUUCGGUGGUUCUACUCGAAUUAUUGCUUGCUAUACGACUUGAGUCAUGUCAUUCUUGAAUAGACUGCUGGCUGUUACGGCUGCGACUGCUUGUGUGCACGGCGUAUAUGCCAAGUUUGAUUUGGAGAGCAGCAAGAAUGUUGUUGUUUACUGGGGUCAGAACUCCUUCGACGGCCAAGGGGAACAAGCCCAGCAGAGACUGGGACAUUACUGCGAGAAUGAGGACAUCGAUGCAAUCCUCCUCUCCUUCGUCAUGAGAGUGAACGGACAGGGAGGCCACCCCGAGUACGAUAUGUCUACCGCAAGCGAAGACUGCGAAGCAUUCGAAGGAACCAACUUGAAGAACUGUCCUGAAAUCGGUGAGGAUAUCAAAUCCUGCCAGGAGAAGGGGAAGACAAUUAUUCUGUCUAUUGGCGGCGCGACCUACAGCGAAGGCGGCUUCGAAUCUGAGUCCGACGCGAAGGCUGGUGCCGAGCUGAUCUGGAAGACGUUCGGUCCGUCGUCCGGUAGUAGCGAUAGCGGCAGCAGUGACAGCGACAGCAGCAGCCCUAGCAGCUCGAGCAGCUCCAGCACCCGUUCCGACAACAACGACGCAGCCGAGAGCGAGGUCCUCCGACCCUUUGGAGACGCCUCCGUCGACGGCUUCGAUUUCGACUUUGAAGCCACCGUAAAGAAUAUGGCUCCGUUCGCAAGCCGGCUGCGCGAGCUUGCCGACGCAGACGGCUCCAAGCGGAUCUACUUGACCUCCGCCCCGCAGUGUCCUUACCCCGACGCCGCGGACAAAGAUAUCCUGAACGGGCCGGUGUCCAUCGACGCGGUGUUUGUCCAGUUCUACAACAAUGCCUGCGGCUUGCAAUCUUUCCAGUCCAACUCUGAAGACCAGACCAACUUCAACUUCCACACCUGGGACCAGUGGGCGCGCGAGACGUCGCAGAAUAAGAAUGCGAAGGUGCUUAUCGGCGCCCCUGGCAACCAGGCUGCUGCUAGCUCAGGUUAUAUGGGCGCUGACCAGCUGGCGCAGGUGAUCAAGUAUGCGCAAAAGUUUGAUAGCUUUGGCGGGGCUAUGUUCUGGGAUGUCACGCAGGUGUACUCCAAUCAGGGCUUCUUGGACACUGUGGUUCAGGCGCUUGGGAAGGGCCAGGCACAGGCUCGUAGUUGGAUGGGAUAGAUGGUUUAUAGGUAUUUUGGCUCAUAUUCUGUUCAUGGGGGGCUGUUUGAUGUUUAUGGUAG